GAGUGUGAAAGCUUUGGCUUUGAACUCGGAUGGCGUUUAAUUGCUUUUCCUGUGUGGAAAUCCCCUUGGUGGCAUGAUGUCAGACGACCUGAAUUCCUGCCCGCACAGAGCUUCUGGCUCGCCAUCAGCCAACCAAAGGUUAAGAUGUUUCUUCAUCGCUUUUGGUAUUACCUGGCAGAAACCUCUGAAAUACCUAACUGGAAAACAUUUCAGGCAUUUCAAAGGUCAACUAAAAUCUCAAGGAGAGAGAGAGAGAAGAGAGAAAACAUAUUGGCUGAACUUGUUUGAGAAUCUUUCGCUUGGUCUUUUUUAGAAUGGCGUGUUGGAUGUUUUUGGAGUGACUUACAGUAGUAUGUAUAACACCCGCUGUUUGUGAGCAGCUUUCCAAGGAAUGACCUGUCUGUUGUGACUUAUUUCUGACCUUGCAUCUCUCAUUGCCCACAGCCUGGGAGAGGAACUGAUGUGUGUGGAUGCUGCCAGGAGCCCAGUGUGGAUCUGAUCCUCUGAGGUUCAUCCGUGCAGAAUUAAUUCAACAUGUUUUAAACCAGUGCUAAUCCCCCACCCCUCCAACCCACUUCCAAGGCAACCACAGAGCAGGAGCAUGUGAUUGUGUGUAGGUUCCUUAUAUUUCUCCUCUGGACGAGAAGUUGUUUUAUGCUUCGACCUCUUUUCAGUAAAGGUGUUCUGGCAGUGCACAACACAGUGACCAUUUGGUAGUUUGUAGUUAAUUGAUCCCAGGAUCUCAUCCAGCUGUUACCCAGAAGAAACCAGCGUACCAUCUUCAACAACAUGACUGGGUGGCUUGUUCCACUCUCCCACAACCCUCUGGGUAAAGGUCUAUCUGUCCUUGGUUAUAAAUGCACUUCCGUGUAGUUUCCACUUGUGUCCUCUGGUUUAUGUUUCCCUGCUCAUUCUGAAGAACUUUGCUGGGCUGAUUCUGUCGAUGCCUUUGACGAUUUCAAACACUUGUAUCGAGUUCACUUGUGUCCACAGUUUAGGACUAAAAAGUUCAGUUCCUUCAGUCUUCAGAGAAGACAGAGGUGACUACGCUCUAAAGGACAUGGACCUGAGUGCUCAUUCUAAUCCCAUCAGCCUUAUUUCAGAUUCUGGCCGGAGUCGGGGGGGGCACGGAGCAUGGCUGAGCCCCGGAACGAUGGCACCAGCAGCCUGCAGAGGAAGAAGCCGCCCUGGCUCAAGCUGGACAUCCCCAGCGCCCAGGCCUCGCUGGACGAGCCGCCCACCUUCGUCCAGCCGUUCAAGCGCCAGGGAUUCCUGAGGAGCAUCAGCAUGCCGGCGGAGACGACGCGCCUGUCCUCCCCGCCGGGAGACCCCCGCCGCCCUGCCCUGCAGCGCCAGCCCUCCAUCACCCAGAGCAUCAAGAGCAGCAAGAGGGUGCACUUUGAGCGGAUUAACACUGUGCCCGUGAAGGGGCACCGUGCUGCCCGCCGGGCGCGAAGGAAGCCACAGUCCUUGUCCAAACUCUUCCUGAGGGGCACGGCGGACUGGUUCGGCGUCGGCAAGGACAGCGAUGCCACUCAGAAAUGGCAGAGGAAGAGCCUGUGGCACUGCAGCCAGCGCUACGGCAAGCUGAAGGCCCAGGUGAUCCGCGAGAUGGACCUGCCCAGCCAGGACAACAUCUCCCUGACCAGCACCGAGACGCCCCCUCCGCUCUACGUGCCCCCAUCUCAGCAUGGCAUGCAGAAGAUCAUCGACCCCCUGGCGCGGGGGCGGGCGUUCCGCAUGGCGGAGGAGACGGACGGCUACAGCGCGCCCCACACGCCCGUCACGCCCGGUGCCGCCUCGCUCUGCUCCUUCACCAGCUCCCGCUCCGGCUUCAACCGCGUCCCGCGCCGCCGCAAGAGGGAGUCCGUCGCCAAGAUGAGCUUCCGGGCCGCGGCCGCGCUCGUCAAGGGCCGCUCGCUCAGAGAGAGCACGCUGCGCCGCGCUCAGAGGCGCAGCUUCACUCCCGCCAGUUUCCUGGAGGAGGACACUGUGGACUUCCCAGACGAGCUGGACACCUCCUUCUUUGCGAGGGACGGGCUCAUGCAUGAAGAGCUGUCCACGUACGCCGACGAGGUGUUCGAGUCGCCCUCCGAGGCCGCCAUCAAGGAGGUGGAGGCGGGCAGGGCCCCGGACGAGCCGGAUCUCACGGGCAGCGCCCUGGACAAGACCGAGCUGGAGAGGAGUCACCUCAUGCUACCACUGGAGCGAGGCUGGCGGAAAGGCAAGGAGGGCAGCCUGGUGCAGCCCAAGGUUCGAUUACGGCAGGAGGUGGUGAGUGUGAGCGGGCAGCGGCGGGGGCAGCGCAUCGCCGUGCCCGUCAAGAAGCUCUUCGCCAAGGAGAAGAGGCCCUACGGGCUGGGCAUGGUGGGCAAGCUGACCAACCGGACCUACCGCAAGCGCAUCGACAGCUACGUCAAGAGGCAGAUCGAGGACAUGGACAACCACAGACCGUUUUUCACGUACUGGAUAACGUUCGUCCACCUGCUCAUUACCAUCCUGGCAGUGUGCAUCUAUGGCAUUGCUCCUGUGGGGUUCUCACAGCACGAAACAGUCGAUUCUGUUUUAAGAAAUAAAGGGGUUUAUGAAAAUGUCAAGUACGUUCAACAAGAGAACUUUUGGAUUGGACCAAGUUCAGAGGCGCUCAUUCACCUGGGGGCGAAGUUCUCCCCGUGCAUGCGGCAGGACCAGGAGGUGCACGAGCUGAUCCGGCAGAAGCGAGCCAAGGAGCGAGACUCCGCCUGCUGCGUGAGGAACGACAACUCGGGCUGCGUGCAGACGUCUGCCGAGGAGUGCUCUACAACCCUGGCGAGAUGGGUGAAGUGGCCUCAGGACCCCAGCGUCCCCCGGCCCUCGAGCGGCCCCCCGCGGCAGUACGGCUCCGUGUGCCAUCAGGACCCGCGGACCUGCCUGGAGCCGGCCUCAGUGGCCCCUCAUGAGUGGCCUGACGACAUCACCAAGUGGCCGAUCUGCACCCGGUACCAUGCGGGGAACCGGACCAGCCUGCCACACAUGGACUGCACCCUCAUGGGCCGGCCCUGCUGCAUCGGCACUAAAGGGAGGUGUGAGAUCACUUCCCGCGAAUACUGUGACUUCAUGAAGGGAUACUUCCAUGAAGAGGCCACCCUGUGCUCGCAGGUGCACUGCAUGGACGACGUGUGCGGAUUGCUGCCUUUCCUCAACCCCGAGAUCCCUGACCAGUUCUACAGGCUGUGGCUGUCCCUCUUCCUCCAUGCUGGGAUCCUGCACUGCCUGGUGUCCGUGUGCUUCCAGAUGACCAUUCUGCGGGACCUAGAGAAGCUGGCUGGCUGGCUGCGCAUCUCCAUCAUCUAUAUCCUGAGCGGCAUCACUGGGAACCUGGCCAGCGCCAUCUUCCUGCCCUACAGAGCUGAGGUGGGACCUGCGGGCUCCCAGUUCGGGAUCCUGGCCUGCCUGUUCGUGGAGCUGUUCCAGUGCUGGCAGAUCCUGGCCCGGCCCUGGCGCGCCUUCGCCAAGCUGCUGGCCGUCGUGCUCUUCCUCUUCGCCUUCGGCCUGCUGCCCUGGAUCGACAACUUCGCGCACAUCUGCGGGUUCGUCUCGGGCUUCUUCCUCUCCUUCGCCUUCCUGCCCUACAUCAGCUUCGGCCGCAUGGACAUGUACCGCAAGAGGUGCCAGAUCAUCGUGUUCCUGGUGGUCUUCCUGGGGCUCUUCGGCGGCCUGGCGGUGCUCUUCUACGUCUACCCCAUCAAGUGCGAGUGGUGCGAGCUCCUCACCUGCAUCCCCUUCACAGACAAGUUCUGCGAGAAGUACGACCUCAACGCGCACCUGCACUGAGAGCGGGGCCCCUGGGACCGGGCAGGGCCACACGCUGGGCUGGUGCUAUUCCCACUCUCUGCCCCUCACGGCUGGGGGUACCUCCAGGUUUCGCUACUGUAGCCCCCAUUUCUGCAAACUGUGACUUUUUUUUUUCUUUUUUUUUUUUUUUUUUUUUUUUUUUUUUUAAAUGAGCGAUGCCAAAAAGGCUUCUCUCCCAUCUCAAGAAGACCCUUUUGUUCGUCAAGCAGCGCGUUGUACCCCUCAAAGUGUUUGACCCCCCCGUCCCACACGUUCCAUCCCCCCCCCAGAAAGAGAAUACGAUGUCUAGACAGACAUUUCCCUGCUCCCCGACAGGUUUCGUCAAAUCCUCUAUGCACAAUAAUGCAUUAUUUUGUAUUUUCUUAGAUUUUUUUUAAAACCGUUUCCAAACUAGUCCACAGAUUGACUCCACUGGGGGGGGAAGAAACAAAAAAAAAAAACGAAGCACACACAAAAAAAUACCUUCAGUGCCUUGAUGAUAAAUGUACCAACUACUGCCACGUUUUUAUCACACCUGACUGAGCACUAAGAUCUUGUUAACCUUUAUUGUUUACCGCUACUGUAGUGGUGAUUGUUACAAAAAAAAGGUAGCGUUUUAGCUACCAUUUACUUACCUGUAACUGAGAAUACAGCAAGAAACCCUUGUUCUGUCA